UUCAAGCGGACAACAGGUGAUCGCGAGCGUUCCGCGGCAAAGGUAAAAAUCGCGCAGAAGGGGAGGCGAGUAAAGUCGCUACAAAAACGCGCACUUCGUCUUGGGCAAUCGACGGUGCUUUUGGUGCUGCUGCAAUCGCGAGUGAGACAGUGAUAUAAACAGUGGGAGUGCGAGAGAGCGAGAGCAAAGCGCCUGCCCACGGCAAUAAAGUUCGACUUGAUUUUUGUUUUAAUAUGUGAUGCCAAUACACAAUUCGACAAUCGAGAAAACGUGUUUACACUUAAUUUUGCUAACGCGAUUCAAAGAAAAGUAAAAAAAUGCGCCUCCAGGCAGCGGACAUGGGAGCUAUACCAGUGGUAAUCUUAGUCACCGCUUGUUUGUUCUAUCAAACAUCGGCUCAGGGUCUUUACUCCAUCAUUGCCCCGAACACAGUGCGACCGAAUUCGCAAUUCCAUGUGGCCGUGAGCUUGCACAAUGCACCUGAGUCAGCCACUUUCAAGGUGGGGAUACUAGGAAGCACCUAUACGGACUUUAAGACCGUAGAGUUACGACCUUUUUCCACACAGCUACUCCACUUUGAGAUUCCCGCCCUAAGAACUGACAGAUAUCGUCUCACGGCUGAAGGCUUCGGUGGUGUUCAGUUCACCAAUGAGACUCAGCUGCACUUCGAGUCCAAGCAACAUACUGUUCUGGUCCAGACGGACAAGAGCAUCUACAAGCCAGGCGAUCUGGUCCACUAUCGUGUUCUGAUCUUGGAUGCCAAUCUAAAACCUGCUCGUGGCUAUGGACGAGUGCAUGUGGACAUCAAGGAUUCGGGUGACAAUAUCAUAAAAAGCUACAAGGACAUUCGCCUGACCAAUUCGAUUUACUCGAACGAACUUCGAUUGUCGGAUUACCCACGGUUUGGGACCUGGUCCAUAGUGGUUGAUGUAUCUGAUCAAGCUCAUACACAAACCUUCGAGAUACUCGAUCACAUUCUACCCAAAUUCGUGGUGGAUAUAGAUACACCUAAGCAUGCUAUCUAUAAGGAUGGCAAAAUAUCAGCCACUGUCAGGGCGCACUAUGCAUUUGGUCAUCCAAUUGUGGGCGAAGCCACCCUAUCCAUAUAUCCCACCUUCUUCGGCUCUCUUCAACCCUUUGUCAAUGAUCUCAUUACCCGAAAAGUUGUCCCCAUUGACGGCAGCGCCUACUUUGAGUUCGAUAUAGAGAACGAGCUCCAUCUCAAGCAGGACUAUGAAAGGCAGUAUCUUUUGGAUGCCCUGGUCGAGGAAAAGUCCACUGGAUCUGUGCAAAACUAUUCCACCGUCUUGACCCUGCACUUGAAUCACUAUCGUGUCGAGGCUGUCAAGGUGCCCAGUUACUAUAUCCCUGGUGUGCCUUUUGAAGCUAUAGCUCGUAUAGCCCGCAAUGAUGGCGGUCAACUGAGGGACUUUAAUCCGCAGAUUACCGCAUAUUUGACCAAUGUCUACGGCAGCAGUGAGAUGUAUAAUCGCACGGCCUAUAGUUUGGAUGCCAGUGGCGAGAUAAAAAUGAAGUUUACGGUUCCUAUUGGGGAUCGGGAUGAAUACCAUUCUAUCAUUGUCGACUACCAGGGUGUGAUUAGUGAGGUGGGAAAGAUCCCGAGAAAACAUCUGCACAGCAAAAACUAUAUCACUGCUAAGAUCUUGAACGAUAGACCCACUGUCAACCAAGAAAUUUCUGUGGUGAUACGCUCUUUUGAGCCCAUUAAGUAUUUUAUGUAUCAAGUGGUCGGGCGUGGGGAUAUUAUUCUGUCUCGCAAUGUGGAUGUGGCCGAUGGAACUUUCCACACAAUCAAGUUCCUAGCCUCAUUCGCCAUGAUGCCAAGGGCCAAACUGCUCGUUUAUACGGUAGUAAAUGGAGAGUUUGUUUACGAUGAGCAGGUCAUACAGUUGGAAGAAAAUCUGCUGAAUGCGGUACAAGUUGAGGCUCCAAUAAGAGCACCUCCCGGCCAGGAUAUUGAUAUAGGCAUCAGUACCAAGCCCUACUCUUAUGUGGGACUCAUGCUGGUGGAUCAAAAUGCCAAUGCCCUGGGAAGUGGGCAUGACUUGACCCACAAACGACUGAUGGAUGCCCUGCGAUCAUACGAACUGAGCGAUGUGAACACUCCAGUGGGAUCACCAGGCAAGGAAUCUGGUGUGAUAACCAUGUCCAACACGGAUUACUUUGUCGAAAAGGAAGCUGAGAGCAGUCCUGCCUUAGGACGAGACAGUUCCACUGGUCCCGAGGAAGAUAAGCUUACCACUGUGAGAAAAACCGACAUUGGACCCGCCCACAAGAUCGAGGUUAAUACCUUGCCUCCAGGCAAAGGGCGAUACGCGUUUUCCUACACCCCCAAGCCCUUCUGGCACAAUCCAAGGGUCCAUGUGAUGCGUGAUCCUGCGGAUACGUGGCUCUUCUUGAACAUCUCGGCCAGCAGUGAUGGAAGGAACUCCAUCCACAGAAGGAUUCCCAGUGAAAUGACUUCUUGGGUAGUUUCCGCCUUUGCUUUAGAUCCUGUUAAUGGCCUUGGUUUAUCUCCGGCAAAUGGUAAAAUGGAGGCAUACAAGGAGUUCUAUAUAACUACCGAUUUACCCUAUUCCAUAAGGAGGGAUGAACUCAUUGCCAUUCCGUUCGUUGUGCACAACAACAGGGACAGCGAUUUGAACGUGGAGGUUACCUUUUACAACUCAGCCCUGGACUUUGAUUUCCCCCAGCUAGAUCCCAAGGCCACAAACCAGCCAAAGGUGGAGCUCUACAGGCGUCGAUCCCUGCAGGUGCCGGGUAAAUCAGCCCGCUCAGUAUCCUUUAUCGUAACACCAAAGCGAGUUGGUUCUCUGUUGGUCAAGGCAAUGGCUGCUUCUUCCCAAGCUGGCGACACAGUGGAGCAAAAUCUGCUGGUGGAGCAUCCUGGAGCCACGGAACGGGUUAACAGGGGCUUCCUUUUCGAACUGAACUCAAAUGCCCAAAAUAGGAGGAAUGUUACCAUUGCGGUUCCACGAAAUGCAAUUCCAGAAUCCACGCGAAUCGAGGUGUCAGCCGUUGGAGAUCUGAUUGGCAGUUUGGUGGGCAAUCUGGACAACCUCAUCCUCCUGCCAACGGGCUGCGGUGAACAGACCAUGGUGAACUUUGUACCCAACUUAAUGGUCCUACGCUACCUGGGACGCCUUCGCCAACUCACUCCAGAAGUGGAACUCCGUGCUACGAACAAUCUGGCUGUUGGCUAUCAAAGAAUUCUCUAUUAUCGCCAUGAGAAUGGCGCUUUUAGUGCCUUCGGAUUAGAUGCCAAGAGGAGCUCCACCUGGCUGACUGCUUAUGUGGUUCGUUCCCUCCGACAAGCGGCUCCCUUCACCCAAGUAGAUAGCAAUGUCCUACAGAAGGCACUAACUUAUCUGGGAAGUGUUCAGUCGGCGAAUGGCGGGUUCGAAGAGCGUGGCGAUGUCUUUGAGAGAUUCGGCGAUGAUGGCAUCAGUCUGACCGCCUUUGUGACCUUGGCUCUAAUGGAAAAUGUGGAUCUCUAUCCGGAAUACCGGAAUAACAUCAACAAAGCCCUGGACUUUAUCACCAGAGGCUUGGAUGGGUCCAACAAUCUGCAUGCCAUGGCCUUGGGCACUUAUGUGCUCUCUCGGGCAAAUCAUAAUGCCAAGGCAGCUUUCCUUCAGCGGUUGGACUCGAUGGCUACCAACAAGGAUGGUCGCAAAUGGUGGAAUAAGACAGCUCCCGCUGGUGAACAGCAGUCACCCUGGUACAAUGCCACCCGGAGUGUCAACAUUGAGAUCUCCGCUUAUGCCGCCUUGGCUCUUUUGGAAAACAACUUGGUGGGCGAUGCCCUGCCCGUCUUGAACUGGCUAAUGGAUCAGCGAAAUCCUAAAGGUGGCUUUGUGGCAUCUCAGGAUACGGUUGUGGGCCUACAAGCGCUCCUCGUGUUUGCCGAACGCUUCUCAAGUCAAGGAAAUAAUCUCCAAAUCGGUUUUCAUUAUGGAGAAGGUGCCGAAACGAUAAUUAAUGUGAAUGCCGAAAACUCACUGGCUCUGCAAACAGUAGAGCUGCCUAACAACCUCAAAAACCUGAGCGUUUCGGCCACUGGACGUGGCAUGGCCUUGGCCCAGGUCAGCUACACUUACAACACGAAUGUGACCAGUGCCUGGCCACGAUUUGUACUGGAUCCCACUGUGAAUCGAAACUCCCAUGCGGACUACCUUCAUCUAUCGGCCUGCGCCAGCUUUGUUUCCGUGGCGGGCGAGGAUGAACAGCGAUCCAAUAUGGCCGUGAUGGAAGUGCAACUGCCCAGUGGCUUUGUCGUGGACAGGGAUACACUUCCCACCCUGGAAUCGAGUGAGCGUAUCAAGAAGGUUGAGACCCAGAACAGGAACACAAAGGUGGUGAUAUACUUUGAUUACCUGGACAGAAGGGAGGUCUGUCCCACGCUGCACGCCUACAAGACGGUCAAGGUCACUAAGCAUCGACCUGUAGCUGUGGUCAUGUAUGACUACUACGACAGCGCUCGUCGGGCUAGGCAGUUCUAUAGGGCGCCCAAGUCGAACAUCUGCGACAUCUGUGAGCACGCCAGCUGCGGUGACCUCUGCGAAAAGGCUGAGAAACGCGCGGCAAAGCGACCUGAUGACUACACGGCGGUAGCGGGUCGGAAUUCAGGACUUGACCUCCAAUCUGUUCCACUCCUAUCGGUGGCACUGUUGGUGCUCUUGAAGAGCCUCAGCUGUUAGACGAUAUUGUUAUUGCCACGAAAUGUGGAACCAACAAGGAAAUCGAAGCUUUAACAAAACCCACUCACAUAGUCCCUAAGCUAGCCUAAUGAAUGCCGUGAACUAAACCUGAUCUAAGUACAUCUAACGAUGCUAAAGUGUUGCCAAUAAAGUGUUAUAACGUUUACUAAAAACUGAAAAAA